AUGGACGCUCUGGGUGUGCUGGCAGAUGCCACCUAUAGCGACGGGGGGUCAGUGAUUGAGUCCUUGCUGUGGCAGCAAAGGAAAGGGGUCCGCUGCGUGGCUCACCGCUUUGGAGUCGAAAAGAAGGCCGUUUUCCUGGGAAAAGACGGCAAGCUCUACUCGAUCGGCUUGGAGGAAGGAGAGGAGCAUCCCAAGGAGGUCUACCUUGGCACGAUACCCUGGAAGCUGGAAGCAGACAAUAAGGAGGACGUCACGGGGGUGCAGGUUACCGGUACCAAAGAUGCAGCGUUGGUGUUGAACCACUUGCUGGAGCUCUAUUCGACGCCCAACUCUCACGCGCCCAUGACCCGACUGCUGGCGGACAAGAAGGUGAUCCAAGUGGCGUGCAGCGACAACCACUACCUCGUCUUGACCGCAGAGGGUCAAGUCCAAAGCUGCGGCGCCAACCAGUUUGGCCAGCUUGGGCUGGGCCACCAGAAUAACAUUGCGGAGCCCUGGCCGGUGGAGAUCAAGCAGGAGACGGGGAAUCGCUUCGCCACCUACGUGGCCUGCGGCAGCAACCACUCCCUGGUGGUUUGUGAGCAGGAGGUGGCGUUCGCGUUUGGGCGGAAUGACACGGCCCAGUGCGGGGCGGGGGGGCAUCCUUUGCUGAAGCCGGCAUUGGUGCGUCUGCCCCAGAACCAGAACUCCGCCCAUGACACUCAGGUGCUGAAGGUCGCCUGCGGCAAUUUCCAUUCACUCUUCUUGACGCCUGCAGGACUGUUUGGUUGCGGCAACGGCCAGAAAGGCCAACUCGGGAAGAAUUUACGAUCGAAUCACCACGUCGCGAAGCUGACGCUUCCAAACCAAGUGGGCAAGCUCACCGACGUGUUCUCUCACGCGGAGCUGUGUGUUUCUGUGGUCUUGGACGAACAUGGCGAGUUCUUCGCCGCUGGGGAUGCUGGAGAACUGGUGGGAAGCACGCAAGUGAUAGAGGACUUCAUUCCAAUCAAGAAGCACGGGAUUGCUGUUGCCUCGCGCUUCAUUUGCAUGCAACCGGAGACGCACCGUUAUGUAAGCACCUUCAAUAACCCCUCAUGCUGUGACGUCGAGAUCAUGGGAGCAGCGGCGGACGGCCAGCAGCAGUCCGAGCCUUUGCACUUCAGCUGGGACACCAUUCGGUCUCGCUCGCCAUAUCUGACGAAGAUGAUCAAGAACUCGGAAAGCAUGGGCUCUGGUGUGCAGAAGAAAGACAGCGGCUGGCGGGUGCACAUCCACAACUACUCCUGGAAAGCGCUGCAGGCGUAUGGGAAGUACUUACACCAUGACGUGGUGGAAGCGGAGCCGGGGAGCAUUGUUGAGCUGCUCCAGUUGGCAGAUGAGUAUGGAGAUGAGACGGGGCUCCAGAGUUUGUGUGCAGCCACCCUGCGGCGCCAGGUGUCGGACAAGAACUUGCGGAUCUGCCUGACCCAAUGCAUGCAGAUCAAGUUCCUGUCGCUGGCGGCAGACUUGGUGAAGCGAGGGCUUUGCCUGAAGAACGCCUGUGACAUUUUGAACGCCGUGGAGAUGGUUCCGGAGAUGGUCCGCGGGGAGGAGGGGGCGGAGGCAUCGCUGCGGCGGUACAUCCAGGAUUUGGUGAUGUCCUUCGCGGCGCAGCACGCCACCGCGCUGGUGGAGGACCAGCACUUCGCUGAGGUGCGCCCGGAGAUCGCCAAGCAGCUGCUGGUGAAGCUGGGCAAGGACUUGCCGAAGACACACGCCAAGCUCCAGCAAAAGAACUUCCGCUGGGCAGCGCCUUGCCCGCCCUACGCCGAGUGCUUCAUCUCUCUCCUCGGAGCGCCAGUGACCGCUGCUCUUCAUCGCCAGGCCGCCACCUUUGCAGCCAAGGAGGCGGCGCAGGUGGCCCAGGAAGCGGCUGUGGCUUGCUGCGCCGAGUUGCAGGAGGACAUUGCCAGGAUGUCUGCAGCGCUUGAGGCUUCCUUCGGCAAGGCGCAGGGCGGGGAUCAGCCGGAGCUCAAGACAGAGCUCAGUCGCUGUGAGGCGCACUUUCAGCAGCAACUCGAGGACUUUGGGGAGGCCAUGCAGCAACAGCUCCUGCAGCAUGCGGAGACUUGUCGCUCGCUGAGAGGCUUCCAGGAGCAGUCAGAAGCACGCCUUGGUGAAAAAGUAGCUGCCAGUAUGGAGACCGUCCAAGGCUUGGCCCAGCGUUUGGAGCUCCUCGAGGGCGACCUGCCUCGGGGCCGCGCCCGAAUGCGGCACCACUGCCCUUGUCCAUCUUUGGACAAGGUCAGGUGCGAGCCUCCAAGAAUGGGCGGCCCGAGGCGGCGCCUGAAGCCGAGACGCUGCGAGGUUUGGCCGGAGGCUUCUCUGCGCUGGUGA